AUGGCAUCCUCCUACUCCGAAGUAUUGAUACCUCUGACGAUCCCUUCCCCAACCGUCCUCCCAUUUCCCGAUUUCCCCACGCCCUCCCCCUUUUUCGAUUGGGUCUUGGUUUGGCAGAUUCUCAUUGCCCUUGAUGCCACCCAGAACAUUGCCCAAAUGGCAUCUCAAAGCGAUUUAUUUAGUUACGCAACUGAUGCUAACAUAUCGGAAAUAUCCUAUCCAGGAGAUCCAACCUUGCCGAUGCACGAUUCCGCGUCUCGCAGCAGCCGUUCAAUCAUCAAAGACUGGGAUGCAGUAUCGCAGGCUGUCCGCAGCCAUUGGGUCCUCUCAGCUCGAACUGGACAAGCUACCGGCUGGUUUUGGGCUCACGGCUAUGACGUUCAAGCUAGGUCCAAAGGCAAUGAGUCUGGCCCCCAUACGUGGUUCUGUUGUCACUGUGUCCAGCAUGGCGUUCCCCGGCCAAAGGCUUACGUCUCGUCCAAUACUCGGAACAUUGAAGGUCAUCUCAGCAAGGCCCACAAUAUUUUUCAUCCAGAUCCAUCAAAAGCAACACGAUAUAUGCAGGAGCGCCCCCUAAUCAAUUAA